AAACCCAACAAGGCAACAACAUAGCAGAGCAGAGGCGACUUGAGCUGCUCAAUCAGCUUUAUCUUCCUCUAUUCCCUUCUUAUCUGUAACUCCUCCGCCAGAAGCUCGGCUUUCAUCAAUGGCGUCCGCGGUCUCGGUGGCAAGCCCUCGUCUCGCUCUCCAGGGUAGCUGCAGCCGAGAUGUUUCAAAUGGUACUAAGGCACAGUUGACCUGUAGUGCUGCGAUUCUGCAGCCAAGGAAAUUGCAGGCCAUGGCUUGUCCGGCAAUAGCUUGGACUUCUAGGUCUCACUAUGCGUCUAGUCUGUCUGUUAGACAGAAUUCUGAAGUGCCUUCGGUGCUACGCAAAAGAAUGCUUCGUGUAAAUGCAGCAGCAAAUGAUCUGGAGCUGCAAGCAAAGGUGACAAGUAAGUGCUUCUUUGAUGUAGAAGUUGGAGGUGAGCCAAUAGGUAGAGUAGUCAUGGGGCUCUUUGGAGAUGUUGUGCCGAAAACUGCUGAGAACUUCCGAGCCUUAUGUACAGGAGAGAAGGGUUAUGGUUACAAGGGGUGCUCCUUCCAUCGUAUCAUCAAGGAUUUCAUGAUCCAGGGAGGGGAUUUCACCAGAGGAAAUGGAACUGGAGGAAAGAGCAUCUAUGGUUCAAGUUUUGAAGAUGAGAGUUUCGCUUUGAAACAUGUGGGACCUGGAAUACUAAGCAUGGCAAAUGCAGGCCCAAAUACAAAUGGCAGCCAAUUCUUCAUUUGCACCGUUAAGACUCCGUGGUUGGACAAUCGCCAUGUGGUAUUCGGACACGUCCUCGAAGGAAUGGAUGUUGUUUGGCAACUCGAAUGCCAGGAAACAAGCCGAUCGGACGUUCCUCGAUCUCCAUGCAGAAUCAUUAACUGCGGUGAGCUGCCCCUGGAGGGCUGAUGUAAUCCGCCUUCUAACCCAACAAACAUCUACAGAGCACAAACUCUUUUUUUUGUAGCCUGUGAGAGUUUUUCUUUUGUUCGGCAACUUAUGGUCCUUUUUCACGAAUAAUAUUUAUCCCGAUAGACUGCUCUUGCGGAGGAGUUAAUGUAUUUUAAGGGAUACCUCUAGUAAUGGCAUAGGAAUCGGGAAAUUGGCUUGUGUUGUA